GCGUGUAUAUAAGAGUGUGUGCGCGCCCGUGUGCACAAGAGAGGGUGCUAGGGAGGCUGCCGCAAAGGCUCCUUUGUGGAAGGCACUUGCCGCUUCAGAAGCCAGCUUGGCACCUCCUCUCGCCCGUUCCCCGAGGAAACCUGGCUCUUCUGGGCAGCCCAGUUAUCUCCGUCUCCCGCCGCCCCUACUUCUCUCAGUGGGCCAAGGCCCAGCCCCGCGCCAGCCUUCGGGGAGGGGAGUAGUGUGCCCUGCGGCGCCUCCAGGCCCUGGGGGCCCCGCGCAGGUGAAGGUUUGGAAGAGGACACUGGCCCUUUCUUCUGGUGGCAGAUAGCUACAUGAGUUUGAUGUUUGUGUCUUCUUCUCCAAGGCCAAGAAAUUAUCUCCAUUGGAGGCAACAGUACUAUGCAUGUUAUGAAUUGUGUCUCCUUGGUCAGUGAUAAAGAAAAUGGGAAUAUUGCCACAGCACCUGGAUUCAUGAUUGGGCAGACACCGCCUCCAGCACCUCCUCCACCUCCUCCUCCAUCCCCUCCAUCUCCAACAUGUUCAUAUUCAAGGGAAGAGUGUCCUUCCUCCCCUCCUCCACCCCCACCACCUCCACUUCCUGGGGAACCUCCCAUCCCACCUCCCCCACCAGGUCUACCCCCAACUUCUCACGUGAAUGGCUACAGCCACCUUGGUAAGAAAAAGCGGAUGAGAAGCUUUUUUUGGAAAACUAUUCCGGAGGAGCAAGUUCGGGGCAAAACCAACAUCUGGACCUUGGCAGCCAGGCAGGAGCAUCACUACCAGAUCGAUACAAAGACCAUCGAGGAGCUCUUUGGGCAGCAAGAAGACACCACCAAGUCUUCCCUUCCUAGGAGAGGAAGAACUUUAAAUUCCUCCUUCAGAGAAGCUCGAGAAGAGAUUACUGUUUUAGAUGCAAAACGGAGCAUGAACAUUGGGAUAUUUCUUAAGCAAUUUAAGAGGUCUCCUCGGUCCAUUGUAGAAGAUAUUCAUCAAGGAAAAAGUGAGCAUUAUGGAUUAGAGACCUUGCGAGAAUUUCUUAAGUUUUUGCCAGAGUCAGAAGAGGUAAAGAAAUUAAAAGCGUUUAGUGGUGAUGCGUCCAAGCUGUCUCUGGCGGACUCCUUUCUGUACGGCUUAAUUCAGGUUCCAAACUAUUCACUUCGGAUUGAAGCCAUGGUGCUAAAGAAGGAAUUUCUACCUUCUUGUUCGUCUCUAUACACAGAUAUAACAGUUUUAAAAACUGCUAUAAAAGAACUGAUGUCAUGUGAAGAGCUACAUUCUAUAUUACACUUGGUGCUCCAGGCUGGGAAUAUCAUGAAUGCAGGAGGGUAUGCCGGCAAUGCGGUAGGAUUUAAACUGUCUUCUUUGCUGAAAUUGGCAGACACAAAAGCAAACAAACCUGGGAUGAAUCUCCUGCACUUUGUUGCACAGGAAGCCCAAAAGAAAGAUGCCAUUCUUCUAAACUUUUCAGAAAAAUUACAUAAUGUUCAGAAGACUGCUAGAUUAUCUCUGGAUAACACAGAGGCUGAACUGCACUUGCUGUUUGUCAGGACGAGAUCACUAAAAGAAAACAUCCAGCGGGAUGGUGAACUUUGUCAGCAGAUGGAAGAUUUUCUUCAGUUUGCCGUAGAAAAGCUGAGGGAACUGGAAUGCUGGAAACAAGAGCUCCAGAACGAGGCCCACACCCUUAUAGAUUUUUUCUGUGAAGACAAGAAAACCAUGAAGCUGGAUGAAUGCUUUCAGAUAUUUAGAGACUUCUGUACCAAAUUCAACAAGGCAGUUAAGGACAACCAAGACCGGGAGGCGCAGGAGCUGAGGCAGCUGCAGCGGCUGAAGGAGCAGGAGCAGAAGCAGCGCUCCUGGGCAUCUGGGGAGCUGGGCGCAUUUGGCCGGAGCAGCAGCGAGAACGAUGUGGAGCUGCUGGCUAAGAAGGGUGUGGAAGGUCUGCCUCCUUUCCUGCACCCCAGGCCCAUCAGUCCCUCCAGCCCCUCCUACCGGCCCCCUAACACCCGCCGCUCCCGUCACUCCCUGGGUCUCUCUGCUGACCGGGAGCUGCUGACCUUCUUGGAGAGCUCUACUGGCAUUCCCGAGGAGCCCAACAAGUUCCACAGCCUGCCCCGGAGCAGCCCCCGGCAGGCCCGGCCCACGAUAGCCUGCCUGGAGCCUAAAGAGGCAAGGCAUGGGGACUCCAGCUUUGCACACAAACCUCAGGCCUCGAGGGGCCAGGAGGAGGCCCCCAACCCACCCUCAGCACAGGGACACCAGCUUCCAGCUACCCAGCCUGAGGACCCUGCCUCUGCCUCUGCCUUCGCCAGAGCUCGGCGCCACGGCGUCAGCAUCCUCCGAAAGAGGAACAGUGAGCCGGUGAGCCUGGGCUCAGCACAGUCCCCUCCUCUCUCGCCAUUGGCUCUGGGGAUUAAGGAACAUGAGCUGGUGACAGGGCUGGCCCAGUUCAACCUCCAGGGUUCUCAAGGCAUGGAGGGGAUGUCCCAGGUGACCCUGAGUGACUUCAGCCCAAUGAAGCUGGAGUCUGUGGAGGAUGGGGGCCCACAUUCCCCCAGUGCCGGCAGCAGCAGUCUGACACCCAUGGAUGGAAAUGCCCUGGGAAGUCUCAGCCCAGUCCUGGAGAAUGGCAAGGCUGCCCCUGUUGAGCCUGGAAGUGUGGCUUUGGGAUCUGUGGGUAGCAGCGACCCUGAGAACAAAGAUCCCGGGCCUCUGUUCUACAUCUCGGACACCACUGACUGCUCACUGACCCUGGACUGCUCAGAGGGAACCGACUCCAGACCCAGAGGUGGGGACCCGGAGGAAGGCGGGGAAGGGGAUGGCUCCAUGUCCUCUGGGGUUGGAGAAAUGGGGGAUAGCCAAGUCUCCAACCCUGCAUCCAGCCCACCUGGGGAGGCUCCUGCCCCCAUCUCUGUGGAUAGUGAGCCCAGCUGCAAGGGUGGCCUGCCCAGGGACAGACCCACCAAAAGGAAGGAUGUUGUAGCACCAAAGAGAGGCUCCCUCAAAGAGGCAUCUCCUGGGGCCUCCAAGCCUGGGAGUGCCCGGCGGAGCCAGGGGCUAGCGCCCAAGCCUGUGCGGACCCUGACAGCCUCGGAGAGUGAGAGUAUGCGCAAGGUCAUGCCCAUCAGCAGGUCCAGCAGAGGUGCCAGCUGGAGGCGACCAGAGCUCCCAUCCCGGGGGCCCUCUCAGAAUCCCCCCAGCAGCACAGAUACUGUGUGGUCACGCCGGAACUCCGUGCGGAGAGCUUCGGACAUGUCACCCAGGAGGCCCUCCACCAGUGUGGAGGAGCAGAGGCUGCCUCGGGGGAGCAGCAGUGCCCGUCCGGGGAGGGACACCCCCCUGCAGCCUAAGGGCUCUAUCAAGAAGCCCAGUGCCAAACCACUCAGGAACCUCCCCAGACAGAAGCCCGAGGAAAAUAAAACCUGCCGCACCCACUCCCAGGGCCCUGAGAGUCCCAAAGAGGAGCCCAAGACCCCUCCGGUGCCCAGCAUCCCCCAUGAACUACCCCGUGUCCCAAGCUUUGCCCGGAACACGGUGGCCUCAUCCUCUCGAAGCUUGAAAACUGAUCUCCCUCCCAUGGCCAAAGUCCCCAGCAUCACUAGGACAGUGUCGCAGCGGCAGCUGAGGGUGAAAGGGGACCCCGAGGAUGCCGAUCCCAAGGACAGCAGUACUUUGAAGAGAGCCAGCAGUGCCCGGGUCCCCAAGAGGGGUCCAGAGUCUACUGAGAGUCCCAGUGCCAAUGCAGAGGCCCCUCUGAAGGCCAGAGGAGCUGGGGAAAGGGCCUCCCUCCGUCGGAAGGACUCUAGUCGGACCACACUGGGGAGAAUCCUCAAUCCAUUAUGGAAGUGAUGGGUGUCUGUCCUCUCCCACCUCCUGGGAUUCAGACGGUGUAGACUGACUUCUGGGAUGAGGAUGGGGAAAGAGGCAGCAUGUCUUUGUUACAGAUAAAGCAGCCACUGGUGCCGCUGCUAGUGAUGCUGUCAGGAUGGUUAGUCCAGGAGGCCUGUGGAUUGCAGCCUGCCAUGCUGAGCCCCACUGCAGUCUGGUGUCCAGAUAGACAUGUUCCUGUGACGGCCACACCUCCCCUGUGCACCCUACCCUCCCCCAAAGCCCGGAUCUCGAGAAAGACUUAAUAGGAGUGUAAGGUGACAUUCUUAUGAAACAAGUCAACAAAGAUUUUUUUCUGGCCAGUUUUUAUAUAUCAAAGAUUUACUUUUUAAUAUAAAAAUUAGCUAGGUGCAGUGGCUCACGACUUUGGGACGCCAAGAGGGGUGGAUGGCUUGAGCCUAGGAGUUCGAGACCAGCCUAGGAAACAUGGUGAAACCCCGCCUCUAUCAGAAAUACAUUAAUUAGCUGAGUGUGGUGGCACAUGCUGGUGGCCCCAGCCACUCCAAAGGCUGAGAUGGGAAGAUCGCUUGAGCCCAGGACUCCACCAUCGUACUCCAGCCUGGGUGACAGAGUGAGACCCUGUCUCAAAAAACGAAAAUGACAUGUUUUAGUUUGGGUUCCUUUUGCAGAGUGAAAUGCCUUCCAGGAUUUUUUUUUUUUUUUUUCUUUUUGAGACAGGGUCUUACUCUGUCUCCCGGGCUGGAGUGUAGUGGUGUAAUCAUAGCUCACUGCAACCUUGACCUCCUAGGCUCAAGUGACCCUCCCACCUCAGCCUCCUAGGAGCUGGGACUACAGGCAUGCACCACUAUGCCUGGCUAAUUGUUUUUUUAAAUUUAUCUUUUGUAGAGAUGGGAUCUCACUAUGUUGCUCAGGCUGAUCUCGAACUCUAGAGCUCAAGUGAUCCUCCCACUUCAGCCUCCCAAAGUGCUGGGAUUAUAGGUAUGAGCCACCACACCUGGCCAGUAGUAUAUCCUCAAUAAUGAAGAUAUUUUUAUCUUCCUGUGUUCCUUGGCCUCAGAGUUCCACCUGCCCAUACGUUGUCCGUUGCAGGCAACUGGACUUCCCCACAAGUCUUGGGUAUCCUGUAAUGGGCUCUGUCUCCUGAAGACUGUCUGGCUUGCCCAUUUCUACAUACAUGACUCUGGGUAUGAGUCUUUAUAGGAACAGGAGAGAAAGUUGGAUUUGGACAGAAAUCAUGUAUUCAGGGUGUGCAUUGUCAGCAGCGGGGUGUGAACCUCGGGGGCCUCAUGGCUGCAGGGCAGGCUUCCCUGCAGAUGGGUGGCAGCCUCUGGUAAAAUGCUGGAUUUCUCUGGAAUCUUGAAGUGCCAUAUUUUAGUGGAAAGGCAUCAGGGCUGUUUGACAGUGUGUGUCUUUCCAGUCCCGCGUUCCACCAUCCAUGUGUCUGUUAUAAAACUGAGUGAAGGCUGCUUUGACCUGUGUUCACUCUGGUUACAGGGAGGUGCAAAGCAUUCUGUCUCCCAGCCUUGCUUCUCUCUGUGUGCUCCCAGCACUUCCUUCUUCUCUAACAUGGCCCGGAGAGAGCUUCUCUCUCUCCUUGUCUGUCUCUUAAUAAUAGUUUUUAACAUUGACAUCUCUUUGUUGGUACAGUGGUUUUUAAAUCCUGAGAAGAACCAAAUCAAUUUUCAGGCAGACCAAAAGCAUGAAAUUGCUUUCAGAAGAAAGUAUAUCAUCCAGAAAAAUUUGGGGGGAAAAAUCAAGCUUUAUUCAAAAGAAAGAGUUAAAAUCAUGUACUUUUCUACCUAAUGCCCAUUUCAUGAUUUCUCUGAGACUAGUUGGGAAAUGGGAAAAUUCUUGGAACUUUUUUUUUAAUAUUUUGGGUCACUUAUUAGUGAAACCCCAUUUUAGAUCUGACCUUGGUAGGUACAUGGAUCUAGGCAAAUAGGAUGCGUUUGUGGGGAACCGAUGCCAUAACGCACGGUUGACGUUAGAACCUCCCUUCUGCAGAGUGUUGCCUUUCAUCUAAAUUAAUUGGAAAUGCUGAGCUUCCAUAAGUGAGUUUUAAAGGUAAAUAUUAUGCCUGAAGUAGUAAAGCACGUGACCACAAAACCUGUUGUAGAAAUGGCCCUGAGUAGGUAUUUCCGGGGCUCCACAAAGAUGCUUAUGGGAAUCCUGAGCAGCUUUUCACCAUCUCAUGAAGCCUAAGAAGUUAUAUAUUUAAUCAGGUAGACAAAAAAGUUUAAAGCAGAAGGUCCAUGGUGGUGGGAAAUGGAUGAACAUGAUCCUCAGUUUGUGGAUUUGUGGAAAGCAGAGAGGUCGGGACCUCUGGGAGGGACCCUGGGUUCCGAGCUCCCAGGCCCUUUGUCUAUCAUGGAUGCUGGGUGACUGGCAAGUCACCACCUCUUCCCAAGCCUGUUUGCCAGUUCACAGAUAGGGGGCCAUGGCCUCGAUGAUGGUCUCCACGGGUCCUUCCAACUCUGUGCGUGCAAGUCAGGUCAAUCACCAAGGACCCAUCUCUGCCCCAUAUCAGCUUCUCAGAACCCACCCCUGGCAUCUCUCAAGCAAUGGCCUCACUUCAAGGGCUGCUCAGAAGAAUGCACCUUCAGCAUGAGUUGUUGCUGGAAGAUCUAAUAAGCUGCAUUUCCUGGGAAGUGGUGCUUUUCUUAGCCCUGUGGACAUUCUGUAUGCAUCUGUGUGAGCAGAUGAUCAUUCUAUUACCUUUUAUCGGUAGUAAGCUUGGAAAAUUAAUUUAAGAAUACAUUGGAGAAAUGUAAAUAAGUUUCUAUGUAAAUUUGUUUAAGAUAAACAAUGUAUUUAAUGGUCCAUUUAUAUGUUCUUUUAUGUAACAUGUAGUUUAAUAAAGUUCCUGUUUAUGAGA